AUAAAUAAGUAAACAUGCAAGCUAACGUUCUGUUUGGUUUUCCUUGCUAAAUUUUAGUAAUUUUAAUAGAAAUUCUAAAUAUAUUAACUUAAAAAAAAACUAAAAUAGUUUAGUUUCAUUAGUCACGAAAAAAAUAACUAAAAAAACUCGGGUACUCUCCGUGGGGGUACUCUCCGUGGGCGGUAUCACUGACCCACAGGCCACAGGUACCUGAGCUGCUUCGCGCCCUCGCCAGCGCGACGAGCUCGACGGGGUAGAACCAAGUAACCAACGCACACCACGCACCAUAGGCUUCUCCAUGGCCGCCGCCGCUGGCACACGCUGCCGAGACCCCACCGCGGACCCCACGUCCCAGUUCUUCGUCGACGCUGCCCAUCCGUACGCAGUCGCUGCAGCCACCGCGCUCACCUCCCACCGCACCAAGUCCAAGUGGUCCCACCUCUCUUCGGUCCCCGUCCCUUCCCCCCUCCCGGCCUCCGCCACCGCUGCCGUGCUCCUCCUCCUCCGCCACCGACCGCACACCGCGCUCCGCUUCCACGCCUUCGCCCUCCGCCGCCUCCUUCCCUCCCGCUCCCCUCCACCUCUCGUCUUCUCCGCCUCCGCAGCCCACGUCGCGGCGGCCUCCCGCCUCCGCGGCGCCGCCCUCACCGUCCUUGCCUCCGCCUCCCGCCACUACUCACCGGCCCAGAUCUUCAACGCCCUCGCCGCCACCUACCGCCGCUUUGCUUCGGCCCCAUUCGUCUUCGACCUGCUCCUCCUCGCCUACCUCCGCUCCCGCCGCGACGCCCUCGCCGCGGCCUCCGUCGCCCGCCGCAUCCUCGCUGCCGGCGCCCGGCCGCUCCCCUCCACCGCGGCGGCUCUUCUUCGCUCCCUCCCUUCCGCCACCGCGGCCCUCGACAUGUAUCAUCAAAUCUAUACGCAUCCAAGUCCACGGAGCAAUCACCUCCUCCUGCCGACCGUUCACACCUUCAAUUCUCUCCUCCUUGCUUUCCACCGCGAAGGCAAGUGUGACGGAUUCAAGAUUGUGCUCCAGGAAAUGGGCAAAUAUUCCUGCAAGCACAACGUGUGCACCUACAGCAUCAUGAUGGCUGAGUACUGCAAUGGCGGACAUGUGGAGAAGGCACGGGCACUGUGGGAUGAGAUGAUUCAGGAAGGGAUCCAGCCUGAUGUAACUGCGUACAACACAAUGAUUGGUGGGUAUUGCCAUUCUGGGGAGGUAGGGAUGGCAGAGGAAAUGUUUAAAAAUAUGUUGAUGGGUGAGAUCGAUCCAAGUGCCACAACGUAUGAAUGGUUAGUUAGAGGGCAUUGUAUGUCACGGGAUGCUGAGGCAGCAAUGCUUGUGCGUGCAGACAUGAAAAGGAGGGGGUUUGGGUUGGCGCCAGAGGCUAUUGAGGAAUUGUUGGAUGGAUUAUGUCAAAAUGGGAGAGUUGAGGAUGGCUUGGGUGUUUUGCGAGAGGAGAUGAAGAGGGAAGAGUUUGUGCCAACUCGGAGGAGUUACGAGGUGUUGAUUAGGGGGUUUUGUGGUGAAGGGGAGGUGGAGGUGGCAAUCAGACUCCAAGCAGAGAUGGCUGGAAAAGGAUUCAAUGCUGGCAGCGAGGUGUACCAUGCAUUUAUUAGUGCCUAUGAGAAGUCUGAAAACUAUGAGAUGGUGGAGAAGUUGAGGAAGGAAAUGGCGGUGAUGGACACUUAGGAUCUGAUAAUUGGCUUGGAUAUUACACAGUGAUGCAUGGAUUUCAGCCUCAGCUUAUUGCAGUUGAGAACUCUGACAGCACGAUGGAAAGCACAGGACAAGCAGCAUCUACCCCCAGUUAAAUCCUUCUCUUCGCCAACAACCUUGUGAGAGGGCUCUCAGUCGUGGUGUUGCUGAAUAAGGGGCAGAUGAGGGCAUUGGGCAUGCUCAGCUUUCAGGCAGUCAUUAUGUAAUUACUGAAUAUGUCCCUUGUCCUGCGCUUGACAGAGGGAGGCGAAGCUUCUCACAGCAACAGCACCACAGUCCACAACUGUGGCCUAGAGUUGUUAUUUGAAGUCCUGCUACUGCUCCUGGCCAAAGUGCUUAUCACGCUGUCACCUCUGCACCUUAUGGUGAUCCCUCACCCACUAGCAGCUAUCCACCUGUUCAUAGCCACUUGGACCACCUGCCACCCAGGCUUGCACAGUCUCUCUCUGCACCCCUCCCGGGGGAUAGCCCCCUGUGCUUAUCUUGUGGGAGCAAUUUCAUCAAAUGGAUUCACAGUCAAUGGCUUUGCAUCUUUGAUGAUUGUGUAAUGUGCGCGCUUCAAACAUGUCUUUGUUGCUCUAUCCGCUUUACCUGUCAGUGCAACAGAGGGUCUUGUAUUGUAUGUCAGGGUCACUCGGGGUAUUUAGCCUGGUUUGUUAGGAAAAUCAGUCCUACUACCUAUCUUGAUCCUAGUUGCACCAAAGCAGUGGUUGCCUAAGAUUGUACCUACUUCUGAUCUGUAGUUGGAUGGCCUGCUAAAACAGAUACAACAUCGAACCAGAUUGUAAUUGGAAGCCUCCACCAAGCCAAUAUAUGUAAAUCAGUAUAGAUGGUUCCUUUUCUGAAGCUAGUAUGGCUGGGUGGAUGGGGAUUCAUAAUCCGUGAUGAUGUGGGAGAGAUUGUGGUUGCAGGAAAGUUUGAAAGGGUGAGGGAUGCAUGCAAAAAGUGGAGGGCAGCUAUGGCUGCUCUCCGUCAGGCAAACGAGUGAUGUAUGACAAGGAUUAUCCUUGAGUCUGACGCUCUGAAUUUGGUGACUGCACUAACAAGGCCCACUUUUGAUCAUUAAGUAGGGAUUAUGCACAACUUCUGGAUGUUUUUUUUGUAACCGUUUUGGUGGCAAGCAGUUUAGCUGUGCCUGUAAUGCAAUUGAUUUCUCCUAAUUCCGCUCCAAAGGGGGGAAAAACCCAUUGAGUUGCAGUGUACUGUACUUCAAGGGCGUUGGACAACAGGCUAGUCUACACUUAAUUGUGCUGAAACAACUAUCCUGUUUGGGUCAGAGGAUUCUCAAAGGAAUUUUGAAGGAAUAAGUUCCAAAGGAAA